AUGCCAAGAGUAGAAUCAGAAACAUUUAAAAGACUUCAAAACGAUCCUUCAUGCAUAAGGAACAUAUGUAUUGUUGCUCAUGUUGAUCAUGGUAAGACAUCCCUUUCGGACUCAUUGUUGGCAUCAAACGGUAUUAUUUCCCAAAGGCUAGCAGGUAGAGUUCGUUAUUUAGACUCGAGACCUGAUGAACAAUUGCGUGGUAUUACCAUGGAAUCUUCAGCCAUUUCCUUAUAUUUCAGGGUCUUACAUAAGCAAGACGGUCAAGAUGGGCCCCUAGUUAAGGAGCACUUGGUUAAUCUAAUUGAUUCACCAGGUCACAUAGACUUUUCGAGUGAAGUAAGUGCUGCUUCAAGAUUAUGUGAUGGAGCAGUUGUAUUGGUCGAUGUCGUAGAAGGCGUUUGCUCUCAGACAAUUACCGUUCUAAGACAAUGUUGGAUUGAAAAAUUAAAGCCUGUACUAGUUUUGAAUAAGAUAGAUAGAUUAAUCGCCGAAUUACAAUUAACCCCUCAAGAGGCCUACGUCCAUUUGUAUAGGGUUAUUGAACAGGUUAAUUCAGUUAUUGGUUCCUUCUUCGCAGGAGAAAGACAGCUGGAUGACCUGUCCUGGAGAGAACGAUUAGAGCAAAAUUCCAAUGCAGAAUACAUCGAAAAGGAUGAUUCAGAGCUAUAUUUUAAUCCUACAAAAAAUAAUGUCAUAUUUGCAUCUGCUAUUGAUGGAUGGGGGUUCAAUAUUGGUCAGCUAGCCAGGUUUUAUGAGCAAAAAUUGGGAGCUAAGAGAGAAAACUUACAAAAAGUUCUUUGGGGUGUAUUUUUAUAUGGAUCCCAAAACAAAAAAAUUAUCAAUCAUAAAAGUUUGAAGGGUAGAGCAUUAAAGCCAUUAUUUGUCUCGUUAAUUUUAGACAAUAUAUGGAAAAUUUAUGAAAAUGUCGUUGUUUCGAGGGACAUGGGUGCUAUUGAAAAAAUUACCAAGGCUUUAAAUGUCAAAUUAUUGCCUCGUGAUCUCAAAUCUAAGGAUGACAAACAAUUACUCAGAAAUAUAAUGGGGCAAUGGCUUCCUGUAAGUACGGCUGUAUUACUGACGGUCAUUGAACGGUUGCCCUCACCUAUGAAAUCUCAAAAUGAACGUUUGGAUAUAAUUUUAGGGAAGGAUAUCCACAGUAGCGCUGCUGAUCCAACACUAUUGAAAUCGAUAAGGGAAUGUGAUAGAGAAGGUCCAUCAUGUGCCUAUGUAUCCAAAAUUCUGUCUAUUCCAAGAGAAGAAUUACCAAUAACUUCAUCAAAUCAAGUUUCACAUGAUGAAAUUAUGGCAAGAAGUAGGAAAGCACGCGAAGAAGCGUUAAAUGCCGCAAAAGCAGCUGAAUUAGCGGAGAAUAUGGCCAAAUUAGAAGUGAAAGGCUCACAUCAGGGCUUUGAGGACGACUCAGACUUGUAUGAGAGAGCAAAAGAGACUGUGCUAACACCUGAUAUAGAUGUGCUUGCAAGCACCUCGAAAAAACAUCGAGAUUCUAAAACCGUACUGGAGACCCCUUCUAAUUUCGAAUUUGACAUGAACUUUGAAAAUGAUGGAACUGACAAUUUGAUACCAGAUUUUGUACCCACCGAUAUUGAUCCUAAUGACCCUCUAAGUGCAAUGUUCGAAUACGAAGAAGAGGAUCCAUUUCAGACUUCUGAACCACCAAACGUCGUCGAGUAUGAAUACGAAGAGGAUGAGACGGAUAUCUUCGAUGAAAAAGAUGAAGUUUUGAUUGGCUUUGCCAGAAUCUACAGUGGCUCUUUAAGGGUUGGCCAAGAAAUUUCCGUAUUAGGACCCAAAUAUGAUCCAAAGAACCCUACUGAACACAUUAAAACUGCUACAAUUACUUCUUUAUACUUGUUCAUGGGUAAAGAGUUGGUUCCACUAGAUGUUUGCCCCUCAGGAAAUAUUGUAGGUAUUGGAGGCCUAGCUGGUAAAAUUUUAAAGAACGGUACAUUAAUUGAACAAGGCGUGACUGGUGUAAAUUUAGCAGCAGUUAACUUCCACUCCUCUCCAAUCGUUCGCGUUGCUGUUGAGUCUGUAAACCCAAUGGAAAUGCCAAAAUUAGUUCGUGGUUUAAAACUGUUGGAUCAGGCAGACCCAUGUGUAGAAACAUUUGUUAAUGAGAAAGGUGAGUACAUUUUAUGUACUGCUGGUGAACUACAUCUUGAAAGAUGUUUGAAAGAUUUGCAUGAAAGAUUUGCAGGUGUAGAAGUUUCACAUUCAGAGCCAGCUAUACCAUAUAGAGAAACAUUUUUAUCUACAUCUGAUAUGAAUCCACCACGGAAUGCUCAACUAGGACGCAGUGUUGUUGAAACGUUCUUAGGAAAUUACAAAAUUAGAAUUAGGACGAUUCCACUGGCUGAUGAAGUGACAUCAUUCUUAGAUAAGAAUGAAAGUAGCAUUAAACGAAUUUUUGAGGGUGACAAUGGCUCGAAAAUUGAUAAUUUAGAUACCACUAUAAUGGAUAAAGAUACAUUUUUCAAUGAACUCGAAAAAGUUCUUGAAGCCGAUACUAAGAAUCAAGAAAUAUUAUCUAACUGUUUGUCUAGGAUCGCUGCAUUAGGACCAAAAAGAGUAGGUUGUAACAUCCUUUUAUCAGAACACAACUUAUUAGGAAGCAUAUUUGAUAAUACUCUAGGUCAGUUCGAGUUUUCGGAUUCAAUAUUAAACGGUUUCCAGCUUUCAGUUUCUGAAGGUCCGCUAGCCAAAGAACCGGUUCAAGGAAUGUGCAUUAUCGUGGAGGAUAUAAGUGCCAUAACUGAAAGAGAUCUAGCUACCAUCAAUGAUCCACAUUAUCAAGUAGAUAUUCCAAAUAUAUCUGGUCGUUUCAUUACCCAUGUCAGGGACCAAAUCCACGAGUCCUUUUUGGAUUGGUCACCAAGAAUAAUGUGGGCAAUGUAUUCGUGUGAUAUCCAAACAUCUGUGGAUGUCUUGGGUAAAGUUUAUGCUGUCGUUCAACAAAGACAUGGUAAAAUUGUCUCAGAAGAAAUGAAAGAAGGUACACCAUUUUUCCAGAUUGAGGCACACAUUCCCGUUGUAGAAGCAUUCGGACUGAGUGAAGACAUCCGUAAAAAGACUUCUGGUGCUGCCCAACCUCAACUAGUAUUUGCAGGAUUUGAAUGUAUCGAUUUAGAUCCAUUCUGGAUCCCAACUACGGAAGAAGAACUGGAAGAAUUAGGCGAGACGGCGGACAAAGAGAAUGUUGCUCGCAGACACAUGAACGCAAUAAGAAGACGUAAAGGCUUAUUCAUUGACGAAAAGGUCAUCCAGAACGCCGAAAAACAACGUACUUUGAAGAGGAAUUAA